AUGGAAACAAAAGGAGCCCAAGAAGGCAUCACCCUCCUAACCUGGAGCUUUUCCCCCCAGUUUUCCCAGGCACUGAAGAAGUUCAUCGAGGAGCAGGAGAUCGUGGACCUGAAGGUGUGGACGAGCCAGCUGAAGAGGACAAUCCAGACAGCCGAGUCCCUGGGGGUGCUCUACGAGCAGUGGAAGAUCCUCAACGAGAUCGAUGCUGGGGUCUGUGAAGAAAUGACCUAUGCAGAAAUCGAAGCCAAGUAUCCAGAGGAGUUUGCCAUGAGGGAUCAGGAGAAAUAUCUUUAUCGUUAUCCUGGAGGGGAGUCCUACCAGGACUUGGUGCAGCGCCUGGAGCCUGUAAUUAUGGAGCUGGAAAGGCAAGGCAACGUCCUGGUUAUCUCCCACCAGGCAGUUAUGAGGUGCCUCCUGGCUUAUUUUCUUGACAAGAGUGCAGAUGAGCUGCCCUACCUGCGCUGCCCCCUCCACACCAUUCUCAAGCUCACACCUGUUGCCUAUGGCUGCAAAGUGGAGACAAUUACCCUGAAUGUGGAAGCAGUCAACACCCACAGGGACAAACCCUCCCUCAACUCACACGACCUCCCCAGCAGGCAGAGCCCUGUGAGGAUGAGGAGGAACAGCUUUACCCCGCGGGCCAGCGCCGACACCGUAAAGCGCCCGCGGCACCACAGCCUGGGCAGCAAACCCCUCCAUCUGCUGGGGCCUCUGCCAUCCCUGGAAGCUCGAGGGCCUUUCCCAUCCCUGGAAGCUCGAGAAGGGGCUGAGCAGCCACAGCUGGAAGUCACUGUCCAGCCUCCAGAGGGAAAUGCUUGCCUCUGAGUGCCACUGCAAGCAGCUUGGGUGUGCUCUCUGUGGGAAAAUGGCCACUCUGGCAGUGUAGGGGCUCCUGCUUUCCUUGGAUCCAGCUGGGAAUUGCAGGGCCAGGAGGAGCCGGGCAGCUGGGACUGGAGCAUCCCCGGAGCACCGCGAGCCACCCUGGCCAGUACUCGCCUUGAUCUGGGACUUCAGAGCCUGUCCAUGUCCUUUCUUUCCAAGUGCUGGAAUGUCUGUCCACAGGGCUGGAGAAGAUUUAUUGUGGGGAUUUCUCCAAGCUGCUUUUAACGCUCGUAAGCCAACGCAUCCCCGGGUGUUGAAACAGUGUCCCACGUCUUUCCUCCUGGCCAGGUGCCAAAAUUAACCACAGUGGGAGGACAAAAUAAUCAUGUUUUCACUCACUGAGGCAGCUUUUCUUUGGAAGAGGCAUUUCCAGGCCAAAUCCCCAAGCUUUUAUUUCUCUGUUACCAUCUCCAAGUUAUUUCCAAGUUCAAACUCAAUUUUUUCUGUUGUUCAGCCGCCCAGGGAGCUCCAGGUUUGGUUUGACUUUGCCUCCGUGAGUGCUGGUGUGAAUCCCCCCAAUCUGAGCUGGUUCCUUUGCCCUGGGAAGGUUUUUGCUUGGAUGUGACACCAGGCCAGCACAUCCAUCCCAUGGGCAGCCUCCUGUGAGGGACAGAUGGGAACAAACCCUCCUGCCCCUCUCUGGAGGCAGCACAGCUCCCAGUGCUUUAAAUCUCAUCUCAAUCCCUAUUUUAGCUUCUCAUCCCAACCUAAACUUCAUCCCCUCAGUCAUUUUUCCUGCAUUUUAUCCAUUUACCCCAGAAAAUGGGAUUAUGGCUGGGACCAGCAGGGCUCCUGGGCAGGGUUUGCAGGAAGCACAAGGUUUUUACCAGUUUUUCUUUAUAAUACACCAAAUUUUAGGCCCACAACAAGCUUUUAACUUGCCUAUGAAUAAGCUGUGAAUGUUCCCAACGCUGCCUUUCAUAGUUUUAAGCUGUUGUAGAGUUUAGAGCACAGGUGGUGCAGCUCUGUGUGGCUGUGUCUUAACUUAAAUCCUGUCCUUAAAUCCCCACCAAACCCCAAAUUCUCAGUUCUCUCCCACAAGUCUUGACUUGUGUUUUGCCAAACUCCAUUUCACCCCACUCCAGCUGUUCUUGCAAUAAGGGCAGGACCCUCAUGGUGGGUGAAGAAAGGAACAUUUGGGUACAGAGCAGGAGGCUGUUCUGGACUUGCUGUUCCCAAGGUGACUCCAGGAUUUAUCUGAGCAAUUUAAAAUAAGUUGCUUAUUUUAAAUGUGUAAAUAAUUUCACAGCAGGGGAACCGUGACCUGGCUGUGGAGGAGCUCAGCAGCCCCAGAGCUUGAGGUUUACCUGGGCAUUUUGAGCUCAAACUUGGUUGUUUUAAACACUCCCAGAGCUGUAAUUCGAUAAAACUGAGAUAGAGAGGACCAAGGCACUAAUGUGGACCCCUCAGGAUUUCUGAGGAGCAGAAAAAUGUGUUGAUCUAAAGCAACUGUGCCACAGAGGAGUGAAAUUUGGUGGUGAGAAAUUGAGUUUUUAUUAGUUUUUCUUCUCAGGGUUUUUACCCCAGGUCUGGUCUUGGGUUUUAAAUGUUCUUGUGCUUAGAAAUAAACAAGAAAAAAAAAAAAAUGUUGAAGGAAGAGGUUUAGAGCCUGUCCAUGGCAGUCCUCACUGUCACACUCCAAAAUGCUCUGAACGCACAAACCUGUCCUUGUCAGGCCAGCUCCUCCAACCAAACCCCUCCUGCUCUGUGGAAAAAGGAGUGGAAAAUGUACUGUAGGUUGUUUACGCACAAAAAUGCUGGGCUAACUUGCUGAAGAGUUUAUGUUUGUAUCACUGAGCAGUAAAUGAUUGUAAGGAGACAAAAAUAAUCUAUAUUUUUACCUGCUGGGAUUUGUGAAUGUCACUGUUGACGUGUUGGUGGUUGUGAUUUUUUUUUUUAAUCAUUGCUGAAAAUCGGAUGUUUUGCAGUUUGGAUCAGUGGCUGGGGGUCCCUUUUGGGGCUGUGAGAUGGAAUUUCAUCCUUCUCUGCAGCAUUUGUGCCUCGGUGCUUUAAUUAAAGCUUUUUCCUCCUGCA